UUUAUGCAAUUUAUUUAUCGCUCAGUGGUUGAAUUUUCGUGCAAAACAAUUAAAUAAUGAAUGAAUAUAGCGGCGACAACGUUUGUAGAAUAUGUUUUCAACGCCAAGAUACUAUAUUCUCGCUGUUCAGAAAGCUGAAGGGACAAUCUCCUUACGAUAAAUUAGUGAAAAACACGAAACUAAAAAUCGCAGUAGACGACGGAGGACCGGCUUCUAUUUGCUUACAGUGUCUCACAGAUCUUGAUACGACCAUCAACUUUUUAAAUAAAUGUGAGAAAUCCAAUCAAAUACUGGCCACUAGAUUUUUAGAGAAAAAACAAAUUUCAAAUUUGGAAUGUGGCGUUCCAAACGACACCAUUUGUAUUUCGCAUGAGGAGAGCAUAGAUUCUGAGUUGAUUCAGCCAAUGAAGAGCGUUUUGGACAAUCAAGGUGGAAAAGUAAAAGAGUUAUUAGAAGAUAAUGUACAAUGUCCUCAAUGUGGUUCGAAGCGCCGGUGCAAACAUUGGGCGCCGCCUGUGGCUCAUACUUGCCAAUAUUGUCAAAAAGUGUUUACAAGGAAAUUCAAUUAUACAUUGCAUCUUAAGCGGCACCUAGGUGAGCGAGACUGGCCUUGCCCUAUCUGUGGGACCUUACUGUUGACCCGCUGGCUUGCUACGAGACAUUGCAGACGGCCUCGGAAAGCCUGCCCGGUGCAGGGGUGCGACAAGACAUUUACCACUAAUACAAACCUGGCGACUCAUGUUAGAACUCACAGUGGUGAACGUCCCCAUGACUGCCCGGAGUGUGGGAAGACCUUCUCAUGCAAAAACACCCUUAAUGACCACAUGAGGAUACACACAGGUGUGAAACCCUAUAUCUGCCCAGUAUGUGGCAAGCUCUUCGCUACAAACAAGCUCACAUCUCACAUGCUCUCCCACACCACGUCUCGCCCGCACCCGUGCUCCGCUGCGGGCUGCGGGCGGGCGUUCAAAUCCCGCCGAGCGCUGACGCUGCACGUGGCCACGCACGAGCAUAGACGCGCGCACAAGUGUGGCGUGUGUGGGAACAGGUAUAACCAUACGCAGUCGCUGAAUAAACACAUGAAGAGACAUGUUCAGAAAGCCAUUACCACGGACAUACAAAUAGACCACAGCGUUUGAACAAUACAACACGUACAAACCAAACAGUUCCUAUUAUAAUUUAUGCAAGAGUAACUUUCUGGCAAAAACGCGUGCAAAUCGCACGUGGCCGAGAUAUUCGUAGUCUAUGGACUACUGUCAAGGUCGAGGCCAUGAAUAUAACUGUUGUAGAGAUCUUGAUUUGAUUUAAGACGAUACAGGAGAGGUCAAUUCUCCAUACAAACGCUCUCGACUAUUUCCUCCCUGGUUUUUUAAGAUAGAGCAAUGAUUU